AUGGCGGAUAUCGAGAACCAAUCCACGGGCCAGCUCAAUUGGCGGCUGAGCGCUCACCCUAUCACCCUUGUCACCUUUCUCUCCUUCAGAAUAGCCUCGCUCCUCGUCUACCUUCUCGGCCUGAUCUUCACCGAAAAUUACGUCCUCAUCUUCAUCAUCACCAUCCUCCUCCUGGCCGCCGACUUCUACUACCUCAAAAACAUCGCUGGACGACGAUUAGUAGGGCUACGAUGGUGGAACGAGGUCAACGCACAAUCAGGUGACAGCACGUGGGUGUUCGAGAGUGCGCCUCAGCCUAAUGAACCUGGGGGAAAGUUGGUCAAUGCUACAGAUAAGAGAUUCUUCUGGUUGGCAUUGUAUUGCCAGCCGGCUUUGUGGGUGGCUCUAGCUAUCGUGGCUAUUGUGAAGUUUGCUUUCAUUUGGCUGACGCUUGUUGUCAUCGCAUUGGUGCUCACGAUCACGAAUACUCUGGCCUUCUCGCGCUGUGACAAGUUCAGUCAAGCCAGUGGACUGGUUGGAAGCGGACUGUACUCGGCAUCACUGGCGCGCAACGUGGGAGGAGCGCUCAUGUCUCGCUUCUUCAAUCGAUGA